UUAAUCCCAUCCAUCUCUCCCUUCAUCUCGGCCUCCCCAUCCCUCCAUCCAUCCCUCCGACCUGGGGAUUUGAGUCCCAUUAAGAGAUGGCUUUUGGGAAAGUGAGUGUGUUGUUAAUGAUGGAAAACACACACAUACACACACACAGACUCACUAGCUUUUAUUAGAGGAGACAUGCAGUAUGUUCUAGUCACACACAAGGGAACACAAGCUAGCUCACACUUUAACACACGUUCAUGUAGAUGUACUCACACACAAAGCCCCCCUCUGUCAAACACACACACUAAUACGAUCGUCAGUCACUUGAACGGCAAGCGUGUUCAGUUCUGCAUGGAAGAGAAAGCUGGACUGACUGACCGGCAGAACAUACACGUGGAUGUUGAGGUCACCAGGACAACCACACAUGGACUCACGUGUACGACAGGAUCCAGAGUAAUCAGGAGCUGCCCCAGGAGAGAAACUGCAGGGAUGAUUCUGAGUGCGUUAACUGUGUCUAUGCUGUGCCUGCUUCCCCAGGCUGUGUUGGCACUGUGGGCCUGCGUGCGUGCCUGCCCAUCCUUGUGCACUUGCACCCAGGAGAAGAGCUGCAGUGUGCUGUGUGACCGGUCCGCCCUGUCGGACCUUCCCAGGGAGUUCCCAUGCGAGGCCUCCUCCAUCAACCUGGACAAGAAUAGCCUCAAGUUCCUGUCCGAGAGAGCGUUCGGCACCCUGCCCUCCCUAAGAAUGCUGUCUCUGGACCACAACAACAUAUCCUUCAUCACUCCUGGAGCCUUCAAGGGUCUACCCAACUUGGUGCAGCUGAAGAUGGCCCACAACGAGUACAUCCGCUACCUCCACACGCGCACCUUUACAGGCCUGAAACGGCUGCUGCGGCUGGAUGUGUCCGACUGCCACCUCUUCAACUUGCCCGAUCGGAUUUUCCUGGAGCAGACUUCCCUCCGAGAGCUACUCUGCUUCCAGAACAACUUCCGCAGGAUCCCUGGAUCCCUCCGGGGGAUGGAGAACUUGACACACGUGUACUUGGAGAGAAACAAGAUUGAGGCAGUGGCCUACAACUCUCUGCUUGGUUUGGGGAGCCUGCGCUACCUGAACCUGCAGGAGAACCGCAUCAGUGUGAUCCAUGACCAUGCCUUCCAGGACCUACAGCGCCUGGAUAACUUCUACCUCAAUGACAACUUGCUGACUGACCUGCCCAGGGUCUCUUUUAAGGGGCUUAGUCACCUCAAGAUGCUCAACCUGGGUGGCAACCAGCUGACCAACGUCUCCAGAACGUGGUUCAGCGACCUAACAGAACUGGAAGUCCUAUAUCUGGACCGUAACCGCCUGCUCUUCAUUGAGGAGGGCUCCUUUGAGAACUUGACCAGUCUGAUCACCCUCCACCUCAACAGUAAUAACUUGACCUCGCUGCCCUUCCCUGUCUUCCAGCCGGUCUAUUUCAUUGGACGCCUUUACCUCUUCAGGAACCCCUGGGAGUGUGACUGCAGCCUGGAGUGGCUGAAGGACUGGAUGGAGAGCUACAAGCUAGUGCGGGACAUCCCCUGCACUUCCCCGUCCUCGGUGAUGGGUCUGGACCUCAGUGAGGUGGUCUUCAGCAAAGUUAAUGGAUCCUGUGUUGACCCGGCUGAGCUGAACCUAACCACGGCCUCCACAGAGAUGCUCUCCACCACCGAGAACCGCUUCAACAGCUUGAUCUCCAAGCUGCUGCAGCAGGAGCUGCGAGAGGAGGCCGGGAAUGGAACCGAGAGCCUCCGCAACGCCAGCAUGCUGGAACCCACAGAGCUCUCCUUUGGGGUCAGAGGUGCUCUAGCCAGCCAAUCAUUGAUCUUCUUACUGGUGGCAUGGGUCAUGUGGGUGAGUGUAAGCCAAUUGGAUGAGGGCAUUGUGGCAGGAUGAGGUCACAGAGAUGGGGUCUAGCAGUGCCCAGGAACAUCAGGCCUCAUGACCAUUGUGAAAUGGGUAAACACUGGAUAUAUGGAGUAUCCAAAAUAUAGCUUCUGUUUGGCUGUGGUGUGAUGUUGGGGCAAUCUGCUCCUCUAUGAACCAGACUGCUAUACUUUCUAAGAAAAAUCAAGUGGACAGAUACUCAAGAGCCUGAUGGACUGAUGAAUGAGGCUAGACUAUGAUGAACUGAACUGUAACCAUCCAUUGUGUUGAGGCAUUAGUAGCAUGGAUACAAUGAGAGGCUUUGACAUUUUUUGCACUGGCGCAGGAUUGAUUCUGAUCUAUAAUUUUAAUGAAGUGUUGAAAUGUGUGUUCUCUGAUUAAGGUUAUUUGUUUAUACAGUACUAUAUUUGUAACACAUUCUAUUGAAUGUGACAAUCAUUACUUAAAAGUUUUUCCUUCACAUGUUCAGUCUUUCUCCCUAUAUCUAUGUAGAAAUGCCAGCUUAAUGCAGUAAUCUUCUUACAGCGCGUUGUACAUAGACUAUCUGGUGUAGCCUAAUGUGAUGCAGGGACUUUAUCAGGCCUCUUAUCUUCACUUAUGAACAUAGCAGCAUCCAUGUUCAUAAGGGAAGAUAAAAUUUUACAAUAAUUAAAGCCUGUUUAGGAUCAGCAUACUGCAUACUGCUACCACAGAUGUACCACAUUGUGUUUCUUACUUAUGUCUGAAAUUACUUCCAUAUUGCAAAUGUCACACCUGAUUAUGUUUUUGAUCAAGUAAAAUCCAACCAUUGUGAAAAAACA